AUGAUUCGUCCUUCUGUCAGAUUCCUCAUCUGUCUGAUUUUGAUAGUCAGUUCCGCUGGGGAGAAACGGGAUCUAACACUGGAGGAAGUCAGCUCUGUAAAAUGCUUUCAAAACCCUGUUUCGAUUGAUUUUCCCCCUCAACUUCAAGACAUUCUUUCAGAAUUGUACACUUUUGACAAUGGAAAAUACACAUACUACAUAGCCCCUCUCGAAAAAAUCGUUCAUAGCAGUCAUUUCGGCGAUUCGACAGGAAAGUGUCUAGGUGCUUUUACAGGUUUUGUGGGAGAUCCGUAUAGUAAUUCAAGGAUCAUUCUACAGUUUUCUGGGGGUGGGCAGUGUGUGGGUCAUCAAGUUCGGCGCGCUACUCUCACCAUCUCAUGCAGUCGUGAACUUUCCAGCCCAUUUGAAAUACAAGAGGUUCAAGAACUGGGUCCCUGUGAAACUGCGAUCAUUGCAGCAUCUCCCGUGGUUUGCACGAUUUCUCCCAAGCCUAAAGAACCGAAGCCGAUAGAAGAAACGCCAGAUCGCAUGCAACAGCUUAUAGAAAUCGAGGAACAACUUAUUCUGUUACGAAAUCGAGUGUUGGAGCUGGUAGAGCAACUACCAUAG